AUGGACCCGUCGCAGAUGGCCGGCCACCCGGCCGCUCGCCACAUGGGCCACGCCGGGCCCGCGCACUUUGGAGCCCCCGGUCCUUCACCGCACGCGGUAGUUGCGCCGCUCUACCCGUCGAUGACGCCAACGCAGGGCCCGAGCGGCGGCGUCAAACGGACUCGACCAGACGAGCUUGACCUGACCGUGACUGGGCUGCCGGACCUCGAGCAGAGCGACAUCGAAUCCAUGCAACAGACGCCGCUGGGCGCUGCCUAUGCUCAGGCAGCGGCGCCAACGCACCAUCACCACCGGCUGCCCGACACUGGUCCGCCGUCCAAGAUGAUGCGACGCGAUGGGGACGGAGGAGGCGGUGGUGCGCCAAGCGUGGUGGGACAGGCAGGGAUGCCGCCUCCGGCUCCGCGCCCGCGAGGACCGAAGCUCAAGUUCACGCCCGAGGACGACCAGCUUCUGAUCGACCUGAAGGAGAACAAGAGCCUCACGUGGAAGCAGAUUGCGGACUUCUUUCCCGGUCGGUCCAGCGGGACGUUGCAGGUGCGGUACUGCACCAAGUUGAAGGCGAAGACGACGCAGUGGACUGACGAGACGGUACGUGUGGACUCUCUUGCCGCCUUUGUCUACCUGCCACACCCGUGGCAGCCCCAAACGCUUGUAGAUUUGCUAAUUGCGAUUCUCGACUCAGGAUCAAAAGCUUCGUACGGCACUGCAAGACUACGAGAGCGAAAAGUGGCGCAUCGUGGCGAACAAGGUCGGCACAGGCUUCACCCCGGCUGCGUGCCGAGAAAGGGCAUCGCAGCUGCUCGGUGGGAGCUUAUAGCAAUCAAUGUCUCCACCAGGAGCUUCGGCUCCUGA